UCAUGUCUGUUACGUCUUAAAUAUUAAUAUUGACUAUAGCUAGGGGAAAAACCCGAGGAUAUAUAUUUUUUUAAAACAUUGUUUAAGUUAAAGUAAAUUUUGUAAAGUGUAAACCUGUGAAUGUAAAGUUUGUAUUUGUAAUUUGGUUAGUUUCUCAAUGAAUUGGAAAGAAAGACUACAAAGUGCUGAAGCUUCAAAGUUAUAUUUAAUUAUGCAUUUUGUUAAAUAAAGGCUAGCAAAAGGAUCUAUCAAUCGAUCAUCUAAUAUAAAAUAUCAAAAUGUCUCAAGAAUUUAAAUCAGAAAUGAAAACAAUUAGGAUAAUGAAGAGUAAAUUAAACAGAAUUCCUCAUAAUAUGGCCUUAAAAUUUUUACUUACUAAAGAUACGGAGCGAGAAGAUACAUUGUUUAAGGCAAAGCAAAGUGACCCUAUUUAUCAGAAAUUUCCUAACUUAAUAAUAAUUAACAAGUUAAACGUCGUAAGUAACACCAAUCGUACGACUGCGAAAUUUUCAGAAGGCACCACGACAGUUGAACUAUCUUCUGAUAGUAUAACUGAACUUCUUGGCCAAAAAAACUAUGAUCUUAUUUUAAAUGCAAUUAGCAGCGUUUUUAAUGUAGCUACAAAAGUUGAAGCUAUAAUGGCACUUUUAAAAAAGGGAGCUAUAAACAAAGUUGAUAAAUGUGAUGGAAACAGAACUAUUGAUCGAUUCAGUCAAACGGAUGAAUCAUGUAUAGUAAAGGUGAAACAAUUACCAAGAAGGCGAUUGCAAAGGUGCAAGGCUUAUGCAGUUCUUGAUAGUCUUAUACCACCUGAGACUGUUGAGAAACCACCUCCAAAAAGUAAACCAUUGGAAACAGUACAAAACAUGAGUCUUAUUGACACAAAGGAUUUUUUGAAUGAAGACAGUAAUAUGUCUGAUAUAUCUUUUGAUAAUAUCUCAUUAAAAAGUUGGCAAGUUCCCAACUCGGUUUUAAAUGUCAAGCCAUACUUUGAUUGCAUAGAUCAAUGUACACUAGAGCCUUCAUCAUUUGUAUUAAAAUUAAUUGAUGGUAGUAGUGUAACAUUAAAAACAAAACCCCUUGACUUGUUUCAUAUUGCAACACCCGAAAAUCUAAAUGAUUUAUCAAGUGAAGAUCAAAAGCGGUUACAAUUACAUCAGGCAUACUUACAUUGGAAAUACUGUUUGGAGGUUGACGAAGAUGACAAUUUACCACUACAUAUAGCCGUGCUAGAGAAUGAACCAGAUUUAUUAUAUAGACAUUGUAUUAUGUUGAAAACUCGGCAGGAGUCAGUGGAUAUACCUGGAGAAAAAAAUUUGUCAGCCCUACAACUAUCGGUGCAUACAAACUCCCCUCAGUGCAUGGAUAUAUUACUUACGUUUGGAGCUAAGAUAACCCAGAUUGACGCUGAAUGCCAGUCUUUACUGCACAUAGCUGCUGAAACAAGCAUAGAGUGUGUUCAAACAAUUUUGCAGCAUUGUCGUAAACAUUCAAGAAAAAUUUUAUCUGAAAAGGAGGGCCUCUGGACUCCCGAAUUGGAGUUUCAAAGUGAUGAAGAAAUUUCAACAUAUUUGAUUAAUUACUUUUGCACUAUGUUUGAUGAUCAAGGUUUGACGCCACUAAUGUUAGCGAGUGCAAAAGGCUUUGACUCAAUAGUGAAUGAGUUGCUCCAAGCUGCGCCUCAAACAGUUAACAUAAAAUCACCAUCAAGUGGCAACACUGCCCUAUAUAUUGCAACGUCUGCUGCUUCUUCGCAUGCUGAACUCGCUGGCAACACCGGCAAGUUAUCGACAAGUUAUUUAAAGACGAUAGCAACAUUGUGUAAAUACGGCGCCGAGCCGAACAUUCCAAACGAUUCAGGCAACACUAUUACUAUGCUUUUAAGUGAAUUUAAAUCUAAUGAUAUUGCACAAAUAUUAGCUAACAAAGUUUGUGAUGGGACACAGAAAUUCGACUCCUUCAUGCUCGUCAGAGAUGAAGGUGACAUAAAAAUAGAACCUGUUAAAAAUACUAAACAACGUGAAACAAAUGCACGCAAAAAGCAAAAAGAUACUCCUGAAACAUGUGAAGAUAUGCUAAACGAUUCAGAAAUUGAAUCAAACAUAGAAAUUAAAAUGGAAAAAUUGAUCUGUGAAAAGCCAGUACCCUCAUCCAGUUUUGUUACCAAGCAACUACAAACGGUACAAAAAUCUCAGCCAUUAAUGUUUAACCUUAAUGAUUUAUCACUUAGCCUAAACAUGGCUAAAGUAUCUAAUCCCAGAACUUACAAGAUCGUAAGACCGAAAAUGAAGACAGAUUUAAGUGUGACGAAAUGUGAAACGAUCAAAAUGUUUACGAAAAAAACUAGCAUAACUCAAAAUGUUAUAGAAAAAGAAAAACCACAAGUCUGUCAUCAAACAUCGGGCAGAAAACUUGUAGUUAAAGUAGAAAGUUUAAAUACGAGAAAACGAAAACAUUCUAUGGAAAACACUAAAUUGAAUGAUUAAUCUUGGAAACUGUCGAUUAACAUGGACUAUAGAUGAUGUUAACAUUAAUAUAUAUAUAAAUUCCAUGCAAUAUUUCACGCUAGUAAUACUUGCUAAAAAUGUUCAAGGAAGCUUGUAAACUAGUUACGUAUUGUUACUAUUUCCAUGGAAUCCGUAGGAAAUUUAAUAGUGUAGACCAUGGUUUCCCACCGUGGAGCCCAUGCCCCACAGGGUGGACUCCUGAUAGUUAUUAGUAGAAUUGAAGAAUUGCUAAGGUAUGUGCCCAAAAAAGAACGGAAAACACUGCCCUAGAACAAUGCCGUGUGACAAUGAAAUUACGAAAAGUUAUAAUUUCUUGAGUUUUCACAAUUGGAAACUGACGACACCGAUGUGUUAAGAUAAAUCUUAAUAAUAUGUUAUCAUUCCUUUAAUUAAGUAACGUAAUUACUUGCGCUGAGGGAGUUAAGAUUCCACAUAAAUAAAGGUUGUAUAUCUUCGAGCUAACAAACGCCCAAACCUCGCAUAUGUUUAUUUUAAAUAAAUUAUUUUUAUCACUACUCAUGCACAUUCAAAAUAUUGAUAGUUAUUUCGUAACUAUACGUGUGAAAUGGGGAUUCACAAUUUCCAAUGGGGGUUCCUUUGGGUGUGUUCAAAAGGCGAAAAGUAUCAAAAUUGACUCUGAAAACGUAAUCGCAGAUGGCUUGUCGUUCUAAUAUCUUAAAAUAAAUCUUUUUUAUAAAGGACAAAUAUUUAUUCCCUAAUAGAUACUUUUCGACUUCUGGUCACGUCCAUAGGAACCCUCGAUGGUAAAAGUGAUUCCUGAAUUCACUCAUUUAUGUAGGGUCUGCUACCAUACGGUACUGUAGUCUGCGGAACGCUGGCUCUCAGUCUGUUAAAAUUCAUAGCUGAGACUUUUUUCUCCUUGGCCUGCACGGUUUAUGCGUCAGCCAUUAGCUGAUACUUAACGCGAAGUUUUAGCGUGUAAUAGUAUUUAAGAUCAUAUCAUUUAUGACAGCAUAACUUAUUAAGAUCGAAAUGAUGUAUUAUUACAAAUUAAAAGGCAAAAAACUAGAACAACAGUUGUAUGAAAUGAAAUAAAUUAUGUGUCAUUCUCUAAAUGUAUUAUUAAGUUAAAGUUUUAUUUAUUUAUUAUAUAAUUUGUAAACGUUAAAGUAGAGGUACUUACUUGGUAUUUCCUGUUAUUUAAAACUGGCUUUUACUAACAACUUUAAGUGAUAUCUUCAAAAUUAUCCAAAUGAAGAUUAUAGUAUGUUUGGGAAUAUUGAUAAAACUGACCUGUCAAAGAAUGCAUUAGCAAGUGUGCAGCAGUGAUGCAGUUUUUCAAGGAACGCGCAAAUCGCAUUUGUUACGCAAAAAGUUUUGUGUGAAGUUUAAAGUGAGGUUAUUUGGCUAUGAAUUAAACCAUAUAUAUAUUUAUUUAUUUAUUGUAUUAUAUAUAUAAUGAUGUUUAGCCCGUUUAUCUUGACGGAAGCCUUAUUUAGCAGUUUCACAGUGGUCGGCAGUUAGUGUCUUUCCAACUUUGGUGGGUUUACGUCUACCUCGUGUACCGUCUCGAGAGUGCCAACCAUUUGGUUCUACCAUGCUUGAUAUUCAUGAAAUUUCUUAGAUAAUAAGUUUCUUAUUUAUUAAUAUUACAGAUAUUUUUCAUGUAAUUGCGUGAUUUGAAUGGUUUUAUUUUUAAUAUGAUUUUUAAUCAUAGAAGGAAUGACUUGCAUAUGUAGAUACUUGUUUAAUUUAACGAGGUUUUUAUCAUAUAUAAAUUGUCAAUUUGACACAUAAGGUUUGACAUUUAACAUAGCAUAAUCUUCACUUGCCCUGUAAAUAAAAUAUUAAUUUUCAUUUGACGUUUGGUUUAUUAUUAAGGAUAGUAAAAUU